AUGUGGUCUCAGGCGUCUGAACAGAUGCAGCUUCCUGAUCUCUACAGCAAGCUGUUCUGGAACUGCAUCUUCAACGACACUACUGAUUGCUUGCUGUACAAUCCACACGAGAAAGACAUAAUUUACAUUAGAGCGGCUCCGAGUCGAUUGCUUGCAAGCUGCGGCAAGUGGUUGCUGAUGAUAGAUUCUCAAUCAAGAUUGUAUGUUAUAGAUGUGUUUAGUGGGAAUAAGAUUGAUCUUCCUCCAUUAGAGUCACUCAAAUCAAACGACUCUUUUCUAAAACGUAUGGAAGAUAAAGAUAAGGAGUUCGAAUGGGAGUUUAGUGAAGGUUACGUUUACUUAUUACACACGGAUGAAAUUAGGGCACGUUUGUGGAUAGACGAGAAAGCAGAAGAGAUAGCUUUAGUUUGGUUCUUUGACUCCCCUGCUUGUUUUUUAGGGUUUUACAAGAAAGGGAAUGCUCAUUAUGAUCUCAUACCGAUUACUUAUGAUAUCGCAAGGAUUUUAACUGGCAUGCUUUGUCUGAUUCUUCGUGGUUACUGUCUAUACAUCUUAACGAUGCGUCGUUUUGUUCGAGUUAUAGAUUUUUCUAUGAAGCAAGGUUUCGAAGAAGUCACAGGGAUUGACCCUGACCCAUAUUCCCCAAUCUUUCCUCCUCUUAGAUAUCAUUGUCACUUUAGCAUCGCUGUUACUACAUUGGGAGAGGUUUUGUUUGUGACAAGCACGAAGAAUAACGAAAUGGCCUUUCGUAUUUACAAGAUGGAUCCUAAUGCUGAACCAGAUGAUCACAUGCCUGAUCUUCUUGAUGUAGAUUCUCUUGGUGAUGAGGCUUUGCUUCUUGACUUAGGUAUCACUGUGCCUGCUAACUAUACUCUUGGUAUUAAACCAAACUCGAUCUAUUUUACUCAUCAUAACCUUAUCCAUUCCAAGAAGGUCUGGAACAAAGUCGACCAUGUCCUGCCCCCUUAUGACGUUGACAUUUGUGUGUUUAAUCUUUCAACCAAAACUCUUGAGCCUUUCCCUGCUCCUUCCAACAUGACUCUCAAGGAUGCUCGAUUGAUUUUCUCAUGA